UCCUCUAUUAUUUAUGUCCAAGCAUGAUUUAUGAGGAAUCAAAGAUGAACUUGGAGCAGGAGAGGCCUUUUGUCUGCAGUGCCCCAGGCUGCUCACAGCGUUUUCCAACAGAGGAUCAUCUGAUGAUUCACAGGCACAAACAUGAAAUGACUUUGAAGUUUCCUUCAAUAAAAACAGAUAAUAUGUUAUCAGCCAAAAAAGAGCUGUUUGAGAUAACACAGAAUAUCUUGUAUCAGACUCCUACACCAACACGCUUUCUGAAGAACUGUGAGGAAGUGGGCCUCUUCAACGACAUCGAUUGCUCCCUAGAGCACGAGUUUCGAAAGGCACAAGAAGAAGAGAAUAACAAAAGGAAUAUCUCCAUGCAUAACGCAGUUGGAGGAGCAAUGGCAGGACCUGGAUCUCACCAGCUGACAAAUACAAGGAUGCCAAAUCAUGACACCAGCGUUGUGAUUCAACAAGCCAUGCCAUCUCCGCAGUCCAGUUCGGUCAUUACACAAGCACCUUCCACAAAUCGACAGAUUGGGCCUGUCCCAGGUUCUCUGUCUUCACUACUGCACCUACACAACCGACAAAGACAGCCUAUGCCUGCCUCUAUGCCUGGCACCCUGCCCAACCCUACCAUGCCUGGAUCUUCUGCUGUACUCAUGCCUAUGGAGCGACAAAUGUCUAUGAACUCCAACAUCAUGGGGAUGCAGGGGCCGAACCUCAAUAAUCCAUGUGCUUCACCUCAAGUCCCUCCAAUGCAUUCAGAAGCCAAAAUGAGACUGAAGGCAGCCCUGACUCAUCAUCCAGCCGCCAUGUCGAACGGGAAUAUGAACACCAUGGGCCACAUGAUGGAAAUGAUGAGCUCGCGGCAGGACCAGACGCCACACCAUCAUAUGCACUCACAUCCUCAUCAGCACCAGACGCUGCCACCUCAUCACUCAUACCCGCAUCAGCACCAGCAUCCGGCGCACCAUCCUCAUCCUCAGCCUCAUCACCAGCAGAACCAUCCCCACCACCACUCCCACUCGCACCUUCACGCGCACCCGGCACACCACCAGACCUCGCCGCACCCCCCGCUGCACUCAGGCGGACAAGCACAGGUCUCGCCAGCAGCCCAGCAGAUGCAGCCCACGCAGACGAUACAGCCGCCGCAGCCGACCGGAGGCCGCCGGAGGAGGGUGGUGGACGAAGACCCGGAUGAGAGGAGGCGGAAAUUUCUGGAAAGGAACCGAGCCGCCGCCACGCGCUGCAGACAGAAGAGGAAGGUCUGGGUGAUGUCACUGGAAAAGAAAGCAGAAGAGCUCACCCAGACAAACAUGCAGCUUCAGAACGAGGUUUCCAUGCUGAAAAAUGAGGUAGCACAGCUGAAACAGUUAUUGUUAACACAUAAAGACUGUCCGAUAACAGCUAUGCAGAAAGAAUCACAAGGAUAUCUAAGUCCCGAGAGCAGUCCUCCCGCCAGCCCGGUCCCAGCUUGCUCCCAGCAACAAGUCAUCCAGCACAACACCAUCACGACCUCCUCCUCCGUCAGCGACGUCGUGGGAAGCUCCACUCUCACCCAGCUCGCCAGCCACAGAACAGACAUCAACCCCAUCCUUUAAAAGUGGUUGAUCAGACACUGCUAGGGAAGCGUGGUAGCGUAUCAAAGCGUCCUCUGUGCUAAGGACAUUUGCAACCCUAACUCAAGCCUGGAAGAUUCCUCAGUUCUUGAAAGACUCUGGCUUUCAUUUUUAUAGUUAUUAAAAUGUCUUUUAUACUUAGUUACAUAAAAGGGAGUUAUGCAAUUAAUAUGCUAUCAGCUUGAGAAAUGCUUUGGUGCUUUCUCCAGUUUUUUUUUUGGUACCAGUUACUUGUUUAUAAACCUAACUGUUUCUGUACAUAGUCAUGUUUCCUUCUCACCAAUCUAGCCUGAAGCCUCAGAAAUACAGAGUUGUGUUAAACUGCAGCUUGUUAGCCAACGUGAGGCAUGAAAAGUAUUAAACAGAGUCAUACGUAGGUAACUAGGACUAAUUAGGCUAUAAAUAUAGAGAGAGGGCAUCUGCUGACAGCAUAAUAAAAAAUGAGUUAGCGUUGUGCUAUCAGCAGACCCCGUCUUGCAUUCAGAGCCUCUUGCAAAGCGGUUAUAUAGGAUGUGGCUAUCAGGACAAAAUCAAGCCCAAAUAGUGUGCUCUUUUGUCUACCCUUCUCCCUUCUCCUCUCUCCCCUACCAUGCUCUUUUUCUCCUCCAGUUUUUCUGACACCUUCCUUUUCCCUUCCCAAAUCCUGUUCUUCCCCCCAGCUUUUUUUUUUUUUUUUCCUGCUUUUUUUCAUUCCAAGGCUUUCUCGCUUCCCUCUCUUUCUCUCAAAGAACGGAGAUGAACAAGCAAAAAACUUCAAGCCCACCUAAAAACUGUCGGCGCGGCCGCUGCUUUCACUAGCUCUUCACCCACAGCUGGGCUGCGCCGAGCCUUUGGCUUUUAAAAAAUAGAAAUGCUCCUGAUUUAGUGUUUUUAAUAAACAGCGAAAGGCGAAAGCAGUGCAGCCCCAGGUGAAGUGGGAUUGAGAGCCAGCUGUGUUGAUGCUAGCAGCCCUACAAGCUUCUGUGGCGCAGCACGGGCGUAGCGAGCAACACCUGAGAAUCACAGCAAUUCUUUUGCACUGCCAGUCAUUAACAUAGAAAAAAACACCCUUGUAGUAUAUAAUAAUUCAGGAAAGUUCUGUUCCCUAACCCGGUUGUGUUAUUCUAGCAAGGAAAGCUAACAGCCUCAGGUUUCACGGGCUAUAAAUGAGAAAUAAAUCAGCGUAACGGUUCUGACCAGUUGGAAAAAGGCCAUUUUUAAUUCCCAGGGAAAGACCUGCUCUCUGCAGGAUUCCUUUAAGCAUCCCUGGGCAGAUCCCGAGCUGGCAGACAGCAGUGUAGCUUCACUGACUUUAAUGGCACUUAAUGCCUGUUUAUCGCGGGUAAGAAACUGUCUCAUUAGGACGCUAAAUCAUUUUCAGAAGGCACGCAGCCGCUAAAGAGCGCUGCAAGAACGGCCAAUCCUGCUGCACCCUGGAUAAAACUCAGCCUGCAAAGAAGGUCUGGAAAAGAGCCUUGUGCCACAAUUAAGGUUUUUGUUUGGACUCUGGGCAUGCCCCUCAGCGCAACUGAUUUGCAUCCCCAGUGAUUGAUGGGAAAAAUCAGGCGGAGAUGAUGCCAGUUAAUUACGCUGCCUUGCCGAAUACUGGGACCUGAUUUUGCCCUCAAAUCUGUCAGCAGCAAAACCUCCUGCUGCUCACCCAGGGAGCGGGCUCCGAGCUGGUGAUACACGUUCAAACAUUUUCAGCUGCAUCUUUCACAGCAAAAGCUAAUUCACGUUAUUCCCAACAAAUCCACUUGCCUUGAACAGACUUUGUUCUGAAGCGCAGUUCUCCUCCUCAAAGGCUCUAUCUUUGGUUUUUAGAAGAGUAGUGAAGUUUAAAAGGGUGGCUCUUCUCCGUGCAGGAGGGAGAGUUGGAACAACUGAAGCAUGAGGCACUGUAAGGAGCAGGGCCUGCCUGGAAGGGAAAGCAAAAUUCAUUUCUGAAUUAGUUCUUAUCUUGAUAAAUAACUUUUUGUCAGUAUUCUUUAACGGCUCGCUUUCCGUUUAUGCAAAUACAUUCAAAAGAAGAAAAUUUUUAAUGUACAGUGUAAAUCUUGACUUGAUUAUAUAGUCUAAGAACCAAAAAAACCUACGAAAAAUACAAAUGUACAGGAUUUUCUAUUAUAUUUUAGACAAACAUAUACUUUUAAAGUGUUUUAAAUACUGAAUCUAUAAUUUUUUUUAACCUCCAGUUGUAAUAGCUAAAUGGUUUUGCUUCACCACUGCUCCCAAGGGAACUUUUUUCAAAUAUGCAGGCGAGCAAAAUGUUCCAGCUGAGUAUCCACUAUGUAAAAAAGCCCAAAUAAGCAUUUCCUCUGUGUCUGAAUUUCAUCAUUCACCAUGAAAAAGAAAACGCCAUUGCACGGUUAAUUUAAAAAAACUUUCCCUCUAUAUGGGUAGCACUUAAAUACAUUAAAAAAUAAAAAUCAAAGUUGUUGGUAAUAUUAGAAUACCCAGUUGAGCUACACUGCACUAGAAUUACGGUUUAGCUUCAUUUUAUUCAGUCUCCUCAAUUAAAAUAUUUAGCUGUUAAACUGAAAGCCUCUACAUUAAAAAGAAAAAAAAAAGCAAAAAAAAAUACAAAAACCUUGCCUAAGUUUUGUUAAAAUUCAGCAACUUGACAGUUUGACUGAUGUGUAUUAUAUAUAGCUCAAUUAUUUCUUUUUUUAAUGCUAACUAGGCAAGCCAACCACACAUGUUGGCCUAAAUGUGUAAUUACAAUGAAAUGUCUCCUCUCUAUACUAUUGGCCUUUAGGUAUAAUCCUUGCUAGUGAUGUGGAAAUAAGUAAAGGAUGAAAAGCUAUUUGCUAUUGCUUCUUGUAACUCUGUCGCAGGUUCACAGGCCAAGACAACACGCAGCAUAUUUCUGUCGGCUAAUAUCAUUGGUAAAAGGACCAACCCUACCAGGCACCUUAUAUUAUUCCUCAGAUUUGCUUUCCACGUUAAAAUGCUCUUGUUUUCCAGGGGAGUGAUCCUGCAGCCUUUCCUCAGGCUGCUGGUCGGGCCGGGCACCGGAGGCUGCCUGAGCAAGGGCUGUAGGAGAAGCCCCUUCCCCUCUGUCCCCCGGGAUGUCCCCCUGCUGCGCGGCCGGUCCCUCUAAAGGCACUUCCCAGCGAGGAGAAAUCCUGCUUUUCCACCAGCUACUCCUGGAGACCGCUCUGCUUUCCUCCUGCCCUGCAAAUCCAGUCCCACCACCACCACCAGACAACUGGGACCCCUUCCCUCUGCCGGGCACCCACAGAGGGAGGAGGUAUUUCGGCGGGCGGCACCUCUCCUCGCACGUUGGAAAUCUCAGCCACGGACAACUGCAACACUUCGAUGGGAAAGAAUCGAUGCUGUGAUCCCGUCCCUUCAUCCCCCUCCCUCCCCCUUCCCCCCAAGUCAGUUUGUGCAAGCCAUAUUCAUAAUGCUGCCUGUGGGAGACAAGUAGUUUGUGUGCUAUCAUGGUGUGUUUUAUAAGGACGAUGAUGGUGAUGAUGGUGAUGAUGAUUUAUGGAGAAUUUCACGCUGUUGGGAGUUAAUUCCUGCUACGAAGCUAAAUGUCUGCUGCCCAUCUUCUGAAUAGUGGAAAGUCAAUGGUUCAGUGCCUCAGUGCGUGUGGAUUUAGUGUGUUAACUGACUCUGUCCUGUUAACUAACAAGCCAGCUAUAACUGUUGUUAAAUGCCCAACUUUUGAGGAUUCAUAUUUUUUUAAGCAACAAUAUUUAGUGUUGAAAACUAGCCUUUUAGUUUAGGCAAAAUGUGCUUUUUAGCAGCUAAUACCUUUUUUAAAAAAAAAGCGUAUAGAGUGAAUUUAUGAAAAUUCAUGAGGACCAAAGCAAUUUUAAAACAGGAAUCUAUUAAUUUAGUAUUCACAUAGAAUUUUAUAAAGUAUUUAUUAAUAAAUGUUAUUUUAACACAUUCCAUUUGAACAGUAUUCUUGUACAGAAUCUGUUUGAUUUUUUUUAAGUUACAAUAUUAGUUUUGCAAUAAACUACUCUAGGUGUAUGUGCAUCUUAAUCUUUCAGGGUCUCAAGCAGAAGUCAUCCAUCUAAGAUGGAAAAGCUUGCUGAGGUCAGUUGUACAGAAAUUCCUAGAAUUAAAUGUUUUCCUUAAAGCAGCAUCUGCUUUUUUUUUUUGCCUUUUUUUUUUGUAACAACAAAACAAAUUACGAACCUUCAGUUGUUUCUUUUGUAUUGGAAAAUGUGCUCUCUCCUUUUAGAAAGCACGGGUCAACAUAUAACUGGAAAGCCUGUCUGGUUUUUUUUUUUUUUUCCUCUUUUUUUUUUUUUAGGGCUGAUUUUACACAUCACCACGAAAGAUCUAACCCCAUCCUUGUUUCUUUUCUAAUAUCACAUAGUGAGUUGCACUAUACUGCCUUAUCAUUGCCUCUUCUGUCCUCUUACUAAGCAGUGUUCCUUAGAUUUAGACCAUUGAAACUCCAUUAUACAUCAGAGAAAAUUACUGGAGGGGGAAGAAGAGAAAAAGAUUGAUCUGUAGACAUAAAAACUAAACUGUGCCUAUAAAACAAAACCAGUUACAACUAAUUAGUAUCUUAUUUCUACGUUUCAAUUAUUUAUAUUAUUUUAAAAUUGCACUUUAGCUCUCACUCUCUUUCUUGCUCUCCCUUGUUGAAUCAUUUAUAAAUACUCUUGUAAAACGUUUGCACCAGACACAUUUAUAUGCUUUCACUGGUGGCAUAUCUACAACUUGUCUCUCACACCUGCCCGAAUGGAGAAGCUGAGAACAGCCAGUCUGCAGUGUGACUUAGACUUCACACCCUCUUCAUGACAGCAUAUAAAUGUUUUAUUAUGCAAAGUGUGUGAGGCAGCAUCUAAGCUACGUUUAUAAUCUCUCAUCCUGAGAACCAAAGUGUCCUGUAUAUCGUAAGGUCAGGAGACUGGCUCUGUUGUGCAUUGUCGUGCACUUUGACUGUUGUCCAACCCACGGUAGCUGCGAAGCUGCAGUGAUAACAGUGGCCAUACUAUGUAUUAGAGUUCUGAAUCAAUAAAAUAUGUUGCCUUAUAACUUGACUAGGGACAGCACCUUUAAAAAAAAAAAAAAGGAAUAAGAAAAGAGACUAAAAACUUCUAAGGACAAACAAAAGCAAUAAAAUCUCAAGUGAUACAAACACCAAAAAAAAAAAAAAUUGUUCAAUUUUUCAUCAUCUGAAAUAAUCAUCUUACUGCAAAGACAAAAGAGACUCCUUACAUCCAUAAACCUUUUUUUUUUUCCAGAGCUUAUCGUUAUCUCAGCUUUAUCAGUGGCUUUACACUUAAGAGCUAAAUUGCUUACCAUUAUUGGGUUUCCAUAGCUUUCAAAAUGACUUUAUAGCAAAUCCUAAACUGCAUGAGGCCAAAAAUGUCAGCACGCACACACACUCACAGACAAGAUUGAUUCUCUAAGUGGAAAACUGAUCCUUUCCCAGGCUCUCCUUGGACUGGAAUCAAUAAUUGCAACUCGCUAUAUUUAGAGCGAUGUGUAAUACCUGGGAUUCAGGAUCUCCAGUUCUGUAUUUAUGCAAAUUAAAUGUUAGCUAUGUUGAGUUUCACCUAGUGCAAAUGUUCCCGAAGCCCACAGUAAGAACAUGCCAUCUGAUGCCGUGAAACUCUUAGACCCAAAUUUCUUUUUUGACUAAAAAUCUGUGCAACAGCCUUCUGAAUGAAGACUGAAAGCUCCUUCUGGCUUUGCAGAAACUGCAGCAGUGUCAGGAAGCGAGGGAGGCGGGAGGGCUGAUAGGGCAUUUCAAGGGAAAUGUUUUCCUUGGUGGAAUUUAGGAAAUUCCAGAGAAUUUUUUUCCCCCCACCCCUCGGAGCAGAGAUUGCGCAGAGGUCCCUGCCAGAGACAACCCUUACCAUGCUUCCACCACACAAACUGUUUUGCACAGAAGGUGUAUUCGCUCUUCUGAAUAAGAAUAAUUGCCACUGAGAGUUUUGCCAAGGACGUUAUCGUUGGGACCCGAGCUCUGUACCCCCCUCUCCAACAGCUCCGUUCAAACACUGGGUAGCACUCAGUGCUGAACGUUGCUCCUUUGGACUGUUGCCAUUGUCCUGGUUUUAAGGAACUUUUAGCACUGCUUGGAGUAAGCCUAAACUAUCGAAGUUUAUAUAUAAAUAUAUAUAUAUAUAUUAUUAAAAAAAGGUGCUGUCACAGUAAGUUUUGGGCUUGAGGUUGUUUGUAUUGUAUGCAAAGGUUUUGUGUUUGUCUGUUUGUUUUAUUCUGUAAAGCAACCACCUUCCUUACCGGAGGGAGAUAAUUUUUUUUUUU